AUGGCGACUGAAGUGUUAGCCGUAUCCGAGCCCACCAGAAAGCAACCCCGACCGGGUCGGGGAGGGUUCGAAGCCCAUGGACUAUCCGAAGAAGAGGCCCGGGUCCGAGCAAUUGCCGAAAUUGUGAGCGCCAUGGUCGACCUCUCCCGGAAAGGCCAAAACGUCGACCUAAACGCGCUGAAGACUACGGCCUGCCGGAAGUACGGCCUCUCACGUGCGCCGAAGCUGGUCGAAAUGAUCGCGGCUCUGCCCGAGUCGGACCGGGAGGCUCUUCUCCCGAAGCUCCGUGCCAAGCCGGUUCGAACCGCCUCGGGCAUCGCCGUCGUGGCCGUGAUGUCGAAACCUCACCGCUGCCCCCACAUCGCCACCACCGGGAAUAUAUGCGUGUAUUGCCCAGGUGGGCCAGACUCGGACUUCGAGUACAGCACUCAGUCUUACACUGGCUACGAGCCCACUAGCAUGCGCGCAAUUCGGGCCAGAUACAAUCCAUAUGUCCAGGCUAGGGGCAGGAUAGAUCAACUAAAGCGACUGGGCCACAGUGUAGACAAGGUUGAGUUCAUCCUAAUGGGCGGUACGUUCAUGUCGUUACCAGCAGAUUACCGUGAUUACUUUAUUAGAAAUCUGCAUGACGCGUUAUCAGGACACACUUCUGCCAAUGUUGAAGAGGCAGUUGCCUACUCUGAGCAUGGUGCUACUAAAUGUAUUGGAAUGACCAUUGAAACGAGGCCAGAUUAUUGCCUUGGACCUCACUUGAGACAAAUGCUUUCUUAUGGUUGUACAAGACUGGAGAUUGGAGUUCAAAGUACAUAUGAGGAUGUGGCUCGUGACACCAAUAGAGGUCAUACAGUAGCUGCAGUGGCUGAUUGUUUUUGCCUGGCAAAGGAUGCUGGUUUCAAGGUCGUCGCCCAUAUGAUGCCUGAUCUUCCAAAUGUAGGGGUUGAGAGAGACAUGGAGAGUUUUCGGGAGUUUUUUGAGAGCCCUUUGUUCAGAGCAGAUGGGCUUAAAAUUUAUCCAACACUUGUGAUCCGUGGAACUGGACUUUAUGAGCUUUGGAAAACUGGCAGGUAUAGAAAUUACCCACCUGAGCAACUUGUGGACAUUGUAGCAAGGAUCCUAGCCAUGGUUCCUCCUUGGACACGCGUGUAUAGAGUUCAGCGAGACAUUCCAAUGCCUCUAGUUACUUCCGGGGUUGAGAAAGGAAAUCUUCGGGAGUUGGCUUUAGCUCGGAUGGAAGACUUGGGCUUGAAGUGCCGUGAUGUUCGAACACGAGAGGCUGGAAUUCAGGACAUACAUCACAAAAUUAAGCCAGACCAAGUGGAGCUUGUUCGUCGUGAUUAUAUGGCAAAUGAAGGAUGGGAAACAUUUCUUUCAUAUGAAGAUACUCGCCAGGAUAUUCUGGUUGGGUUGCUGCGACUGAGAAAGUGUGGCCGGAAUACGUCUUGUCCCGAACUCAUGGGGAAGUGCUCUAUUGUUCGUGAACUACAUGUUUAUGGAAUUGCUGUCCCAGUUCAUGGGCGGGAUGCUGACAAGCUGCAACAUCAGGGCUAUGGGACACUUUUGAUGGAGGAGGCCGAGCGGAUCGCGAGCAGGGAGCAUAGAUCCACAAAGAUCGCUGUUAUUUCAGGCGUAGGAACUCGUCAUUACUAUAGGAAAUUAGGCUAUGAGCUUGAAGGGCCUUAUAUGGUGAAACACCUUGUAUGA